UGCCCGGUCGACUUCUCUCUUGUCAAAACGAGUUCGACGGCAGUCCUCCAUGGGCUAAUCUCUCAGAUAGAUCUCCAUCCCCACAUAUCUCCACGUUACUCUAUGGCGGUGGCGGUUGAUCUGUUGUUGCGAAGGAUGAGAUGGUGUUAAUGUGUAGCCGUGAACAUUGCUGACGUACUGUGAAAAGCUGCAUUAUAUCCCUUGCUAGAAUUAGCUAGGUGCAAUGGGAGCCUCAAGAGGUCCAAAGCUUUCUGGAAUGCAGAAGCAAGUACUUAGUCUGUACAGAGGGUUUCUACGAGCAGCCCGUUCCAAGCCUGAAGAAGAAAGACGCAAGAUAGAAUCAGUGGUAUCAGAAGAAUUCAGACGCAAUUGCAAGCAGGUAGAUCGCAAAAAUUUUCUCUACAUUGAAUAUUUGCUUCGCCGUGGCAAGAAACAGCUUGAUCAGCUUAGGGACCCUGGUACCACUGGAUUAUCUUCCUUACAAGUUAAUUUGCCUAAUAUCAAUAAGCCUGACCCUUAAACUAAAUGCAUUCUUGUCUUAACUUUAAAAGCUGAUACUGUAAUUUAACUUAAAAAAAGAAAAAGAUUAUUGUGAGGACCAAUGAUAGUUGGGGGAAUAGAAGAGAACUGAUUCUCCUAAAGCAAUGUGAAGGAUUUGAACCUUACAAAUGGGGGAAAAUCACAUUGGAAGAGUUGCUUACAAUUAUAUUUGAUAAUGCUCAAAUCUGACGUAGCAAUACUAGAUUUUUGAUGAAUGUGUAAAAAAAUAUUGGAAGAAUAAUCAUCGGUUGGGUUAGGUAGAAGGGAUUUGAUACCUCUUAAGCAUGGUUUUGAGUUCAAAUCUGGGCUUAUGUAAGUAACUGAAAAGAAUCAUGCUGAUGCUCAUGAUGAAUACAUGAGAACAUGUCUUAGCAUAAUAAUAUUAUGAUAUAUGCAGCUGUUUAACUUA